AUGGUAAGCUCGACUGACCAUACCACCCUUUGGAGAGCUCCUCUGUCCUGCUUGGUGCUGUUUCCAAACCAGGCUGUGAUGCCUCCUGUCAGGAAGAUCUCAAUAGUGCAGACGAAAGACUGGGAAGAGAGUAGAAAGUACUGCAGAGGGAGAGGAGCAGACCUGAUGGUCAUAAACAGCCAAGAGGAACAGGAGUUCCUCACUAAAAUGCUGGGCAGCAAACGGGACAGAGACAGUGAGGGGGAGUGGAAAUGGGUGGAUGGUACACCACUGACCACUGCGUACUGGGCUGAGGGGGAACCGAAUGAUUCAGGUGGUGAGGACUGUGCUGAGAUUUCAGGCAGACAAGAAAAUAAGGUCUGGAAUAACUUACCAUGUUCAUCUAAACAAUUAUGGAUCUGUGAGAAACUUAUGUUUACUAAUUAAGUAUUGUGAAAUGAUACAACAUUCACAACUCAAGCUGUGUUUAUUGAGGAGGUCAGUUCAGGUUUUAUUAUAAGAAAACCAAGAAAUGCAAACUGUCAAAUAAUUAUUUGAUUUUAUAUAUGUUGAUGUUGUUCUCUUGCAUCAAAAUCAACUGUGUUGUAUCUCAUAAUAUUUGUUUCCUUUUAGUCUAUUUUGUGUCCUAUACU